AUGGAGAUUGCCUACCCCUACGGCGGGGAGCUCACCAGGAAGCACGGCUUCGUCACAGGCCAGCCGUUUGACGCCAAGAUCGACAUCAUGUCCGGCCAGAAGCGCGCGAGGGAGAUGGAGAUCCUUCGCCAGCGCUUCCAAGCAGAGCUCGUCGCCGUCCGUCGCCUCCUCCACAAGGCGGCCGCCGUGCUAGCUCCCGCCUCGUCCCCGUCGGCUCCCCGCGUCAAGAAGAGUCGUCCAAGGUUCUUGGCCGAGGAACCGCCGACCAAGAAGAGGAAGGCGUCCCCUCCAGUUCCCCUGAUCAAUCGCAAGAAGCCGCCUACGAAGAAGAAGAUGACGGCCUCUGAGCGGGAGAUGCUCGCGGAAGACCUGGAGCUCUUCGUUGCGGAAAUCCCCGAUCACAUCGUCCAGCUCUUGCAGAAGCACAGCUGCGCCACCCGCCCCGGCGAAAUCGAGAUCGACCUCCACGCGUUGGACGACGCUGCUGCUGUCGAGUUACAGGAGCAGGUUGACAAGUUCGCUCGAGAGAGGAGGUCGGCGAAUCCGUCGCCCCAAGAACGCCAUCAAGACGGCCCUGAGGUGAUGGCCGAAGAGGAGGUCGAAGAAGUUGACAUCUGUGGCGGCGUCUCCCCCUUAGCGAUCGUGCCGCAACCUCUGCUGCAAGAACGCCACCAAGACGGCCCUGAGGUGAUGGCCGAAGAGGAAGAGGAGGAAGAAGUUGACAUCUGCGGUGGCGUCUCCCCAUUACCGAUCGUGCCGGCACCUCUGCUGCUCGUCGAAGAUGAAACAGCCAGCGGCAGCCCAAGCUCCAGCAGCAGCAGCAGCAGCAGCAGCAGUUCAGAUACUGAUUCCAGCGACAGCGAUUCAGACACUGAUUCCGGCAGCAGCGACUCGGGUUCAGAGCACUCCGGCGGCAGUGACUCAGAUUCUGAUUCCGACGAGAUCGUCGACAGUCCAGCACCGGCCACGCCUCCAACAUGUGAGCAGCUCGCCUGUGCUCUGGAAAGGCAGCGAAAGGAGGCCACGUCCCGGGCGAGGGAGAAGGCCCGUCAGGAGCUGCUCCAGAUGGAGAAGACGGCAAUGCCCGACGAUACCCUACACCGAGAGGAUCUGAAGAGGCUCGGCAUUGAUGAGUACAACACAGCGAAGCCCAGCAACGUGUUGCGGCAGAUUGGGCUCUACCUCAAGGUUGACGAAGACUGGAAGCAGCAACGCCGUCAAAGCUUCCACGAGGAUUUAGAGGAAGGCGAGAUUCGGUCGUGA